AUGGAUAUCUCAAGCUUAGCUAGAAUCUUUCAGGCCACCAUUGAUCAACACCAGCAUGAGCAGGCGGAAAAACAGCUGGAUCAGGUGCACAAGAUUAUCAACUUCCUGCCAACUGUUCUCCAGAUUGUGAUGGAGAACAGCAUAGAGCUGCCCGUGCGCCAAGCUGCUGCCAUUUACUUUAAAAAUGAAGUGGUCAGCUUCUGGCACGAUAAGGAGGCAAAGAAGGGCCAGCCUCAGGUGACCUACUCAAUCCACGAGCAGGACAGAGAGGUGAUUCGAAACGCCAUCGUCGAUGCCGUCGUUGCCGCACCUGAUGCCAUCCGAACUAGCUUGUGCGUGGCACUAAACUACAUCAUCAAGUACGACUUUCCCGAGAAGUGGAGCGGUGUUGUCGACAAAAUUGUGAUUUACCUGCAAACGCCUGAGCCCCAGAAGUGGAUGGGCGCCCUCCUGGCACUGCUGCAGUUGACCAAAAAUUACGAAUACAAGAACAAUGCUGACAAAGGGCCACUGCUGGAAGCCAUGAAGCUCAUUGGGCCCAUCAUCUACGAUCUGAUGGUGCGGCUUCUUCCUGACAAUUCAGAGCACUCUGCUUCUCUACAGAAAGUCAUCCUUAAGACUAUCUUCAUCUUGACCCAGUACUCUCUUCCACUGACACUCUUCACAGAGGAGUUUUUUAGUCAGUGGAUGCAGGUGUUUCGGCAAGUUCUGGAGCGGCCAGUUCCAGCAGAGGUGAGCAAGGUCGAGAAGGACGAGCGCUAUGAGUUGUCUUGGUACAAGGCAAAGAAGUGGACCCUUCACAUUUUGGUUCGCGUUUUCGAUCGCUACGGCUUGCCUAAGGUUUCUCAUAAGGAGUACAAGUCUUUCUCAGCUUGGUACUUGAAAACCUUCUCUAAAGGUGUCAUCGAAAUCAUCCUCGCAAUGCUGGGCCAGUACAGCGCUGGCGAAUACUUGCCGCCAAGAGUGGUUCAGCAGUGUAUCAACUAUUUAAAUACUUCAGUUGAACAUGCUGAAACAUGGAAAUAUAUCAAGCCGCACAUUGCAGUGCUCAUGGAGAAGGUCAUCUUCCCACUAAUGUGCUACACUGACGAUGAUGACGAGCUGUGGAACAUGGAUCCUCAGGAGUACAUUAGGAGAAAGUUUGACUUUUACGAGGACUUCAUUUCGCCGGUCAGCGCCGCACAAACCUUUCUCAACACUUGCUGUAAGAAGCGCAAAGACAUGCUGAAGGAUACGGUUGCCUUCUCAGUGCAAGUCCUCAGCUCGCCGACGAGUGAUGCUCGCCAGAAGGAUGGCGCCCUGCAUAUGCUGGGAGACGUGUCUGACCUGUUGCUCAAGAAGAAGACUUACCUCCAGCAGAUCAAUGACAUGCUGAUGCACUUUGUUUUCCCCUUCUUUGUCAGUGAGGCUCCCUUUUUGCGAGCUCGUGCCGCCUGGGUUCUGCACUACUUUGAAGAUCAUGACUUUGAAAACGAUGCCAUUCUCAAUCAGGUGGUCACCUGCUUGCAGAACGCACUUCUCACUGACACCGAGCUUCCAGUGAAAGUGCAGGCGGCCAUCUCACUGCACAUUUUCAUUGCAAGCCAAGAAAAAGUUAAAGUUGCCUGUGAGUCUCGUCUCAAUGAAAUUGUUAUUCAGUACCUGAACAUCGUCAAGGAAUCGCAGAACGACGAUGUCACCAAUGCUCUGCAGAAGGUCAUCUACGCUUACGGCUACAAAGUGGUUCCAAUUUCAUCUCAAAUAAUUGAGCACCUGGUGAAUACACUAAAUGACAUUCUGCAAGGUAAUGAUGACAGCGAGGACAAGACCAUCACGGCAAUGGGCGUUCUCAGCACCAUUGACACUGUCCUCAUGAUGAUCGAGACCAAGGAGGUUCUGGAACAAGUAGAGCCCAUUGCGCUUAAAGCAGUCUUUUUGGUGUUUAACCAAAACCUGGUCGACCUGUACGAGGAGAGCUUCAACAUAAUUGCCUCCCUCACCGACAAGUUCAUCUCGAAUGACAUGUGGAAGCUGUACGAGUUUAUGUACCAGAUCAUGAUCAAGGACACUGGAGUGGAGUACUUUACCGACAUGAUGUCGGCUCUGCACAACUUUAUCAUCGUCGAUCCAGAGGCAUUCAUCUCAAAUCCGCAACGAGUGGCAGCUUUCUUUGAGAUGUGCAAGUUUGUCCUCAACGCUGACGUCAUUGAAGACGUCCACGGAAACGUGGUGAAAAUGAUUGAGUGCUUUGUGAUUCAGUUUGGCCAGAAAGUUGAGAGCGUCAUUCCCAUGUUUGUGGAAAUUGUCCUCGCUCGGUUCAUGAAAGAGCUCAAAACCGAAGAGCUGCACACCAUGUGCAUGCAAGUGAUGAUUUACGUUUUCUACUUCAAUCACGACCUGCUCUUUCAGAUUCUGGAGAAGCUGCAGCCUGCUUACCCAAACAAGCCGCUGAUCAACUACUUCUUUGAGCAGUGGCUCACCAACAUCGACUCUUUCCACGGACUUCACGAUCGCAAAGUGUGCAUUCUCGGCAUCGCCAAGCUGCUCCAGCUGGAGGCAAGCAAGAGGCCUCUGAUCGUGAAUGACUUUGCCUCUAAAAUUCUGCCUGAAACGCUCAAACUUUUUGAAAAUCUGAAGGAGUCAUACAAGGCCAAAGCAAACGCCGAUGCCGAUACCGUGGACGAAGACACUGACGUUGAAACGGAUGAUGACGACGAAGACGCUGCUGACGGAGAGGACAAUGCUGUCGUCGGAGCUGCCGGAGACAAAGGUAAUGGGUUGGAGAAGGUCGUUGGUCAACUGCAGCGCAACUUACCCUUUAAUGUCAAUGUCACAGAGAUGGAUGAUGAUGACUUUGAAGAUGACGACGACGACAGCGAGAGUGACAUUGAAGACGACGACAAUGAAUUGACGCCACUUGAAAGUUUUGACACUGCCAUUGACAAGGACGACUCGCCCGAGGACGAGUACAUUAUCUUCUGCAAGACGGUAGAGCUGCUGAGAACCCAGGCAGAGCAGACCUGGUACCAGGCUCUCUUUGGCAACAUUGAACCCAAGCUAAUGACUACCUUGGAGGAGGUUUUUGUCCUGGCUCAGCGCCGCCAGGAUGCGGCUGAAUCUCGUAAAAUUGAACAAGGUGGCGGAUACGUGUUUGCCAACCAGACGAUUCCAACCACUUUCAACUUUGGCGGCAACUUCUCGCAGAUUUCCCAGUGA